CACUCACAUCUCUGCGAGCUCACCCCGUAGGGUUAGGGUUUCAGGCGGGUAGCGAUGCGGAUCAAGAAAAAUGUCCCCAAGAUCGACAGGAAGCGAGACUACGACAUGAAGCUUUGCAAGUUGCUGAAUGAGUACUCCAGUGUGCUCAUAGUGGAGGCAGACCACGUCGGCUCCACCCAGCUCGCGGCCGUCCGCAGGGGCAUCCGCGGCGAGUCGGAGCUGCUCAUGGGGAAGAACACCCUCAUCCGCCGCUGCAUCAAGGUGCACGCCGAGGCGACAGGCAACGACAAGAUCAAGGCUAUCAUACCGCUACUCGAAGGAAACGUCGGUCUCAUCUUCACCAAGGCUGACCUCAAGAAGGUUCGCGAGGAGGUCGCCAAGUACAAGGUUGGGGCCCCUGCUCGUGUUGGGCUGGUUGCUCCUAUUGAUGUGGUGGUUCCCCCUGGCAACACUGGUCUGGAUCCCUCCCAAACUUCUUUCUUCCAGGUGCUUAACAUCCCCACCAAGAUCAAUAAGGGCACUGUUGAAAUCCUGGCCCCGGUGGACCUCAUCAAGAAGGGUGACAAGGUGGGCUCGUCCGAGGCUGCCCUGCUUGCCAAGCUCGGUAUCCGCCCAUUCUCCUAUGGGCUUGUGAUCACAAAUAUUUAUGAAAAUGGGUUAGUCUUCAGCCCUGAGGUUCUUGACCUCAUGGACGAAGACCUGACUGAGAAGUUCUCUUCUGGUAUUUGUAUGGUUGCGUCACUGUCUUUGGCACUCUCGUACCCAACCAUGGCUGCUGCAGCUCAUAUGUUCGUCAAUGGGUACAAAAACGUGCUUGCUAUUGCUACUGAGACAAAUUACUCCUACCCUCAUGCUGAUCAGAUCAAGGAGUACCUCAAGGAUAAUGCAGAAACAUGUGCUGAACCCGGUGCCACAAAGACAGGACUAUCAGAGUUGCCGUUGGAUGUGAUAGAGAAGCUGCUGAAUCAUAUUUCUUGCCGUGGUGGUUGGGCUCGCCUUCGUUGUGCGAACAAGUUUUGGAAGGCAAAGUUAGAUGGUGCAAAAAGGCCCAUGCAGCUGCCAUGACUUAUAUUGCCAUCAACCACGAAACCUACCUAUUACA